UGCAAUGCAAUGUAAGUGUGUGAAGCAGUGAUUUGUCAUUUCACUCAAUGUUUGAUACAUUAAUUGCAUUUAAACUAUACUUUAAUUGCAAUCAAUUAGUAUUAGUAUUAGUGUAUAGACUGUGGCACCCAUUGCUUCAUUGUGUGCUAUAAUGGGCUUAAAUGUGAGUUCAUUAAACAAUUUGAAGCAAAACCAAUAUCUGACAAAAUUGGUGUCCAAUGAACACAUGUCAACUGAUCCGUCAAAUCAUGACUACUGGGAUCAGUUGCUGUCCUUUGCUUUCGACAAUUUGCCACAAAUCUGUAAUGACCAAAAGUUUGUCGACGAAAACAUAAGUCCAUUGCUUUCGAGUUUAGUUGAAAACAACUUGAGUUCACAUAAUAUCGGAUCAAUUGUUCGCAUCGUUAUCGACAAGACAUCCAAAUUGAAAGAAGGGAAGAGCGAAGAGCAGAGUUAUAAUCUGAUUGUAUGGCAAACAUAUAACUCGCUCUUCAUCCUGCGGUCGGCCGCCAAGUAUUUGAUCGAAACGCUCACUGAAGACAAUAUCAUUCGUCACUUCACCGCCAAAGUGGACACGAAUGAGAAAAAAACCGAAGAGUCGGGUCUUGUAAUGAUUGAACAGCUGUUGAUUACAUUGAUUGAAAUUUUAGUCGAUAUUCCUUUGAGUGAUAUGACAUAUAACCUGCACUUGGAGGCCAUCAAUGGUCUACUGGUGCUGUUGUCGACUCAGAUGUAUUCCGCCCGACCGGCCAACAAGUCGUCGAUCUAUCGACUAGUGAUGCAAAAGAAGUGUGCGAUUCAUGCCUUACUGCUAACCAAAAGCCUUUUAACCAAUUUUGUGAGUCAAAGACCUGCACCUGAACUACAGGGCGGCAGUAUUAUACUGGGUCUGGCGUCUGGACUCUGGAAUGUCCUGACACUGGGAUAUGCAGCCAAAGGCGUCGAAAGCGAUAAACCGCCGCUUCUUUCGCGACAAAGUCUUCUUCUGCUUCUGGUUCUGACGAAUCACUGCACGACUGACUCGAAUCCAUAUCGAGAAGCACUCUUUGGUUGUUGUGAUUCGCAAAUGGAUUCACAAAUAGCUGCCGACCAGACGGUCACCGGAUUUAAGAUAGAGUUCGCUUCACUCUAUAAAACUCUUUGCAUUACUCUUAAUGACGAUCAGACCACUCUUUUGCUUUAUAUGCUUCUCCAUCGCAACCAUUACUUCAAGUCAUUCGUCUUGAGUCGAGCCCUAGAUUUGGAUCAGUUUGUGAUUCCUAUAUUGAAAAUACUGUACACCUCUCCUGAUCGCAACUCCCAUCACAUUUAUAUGGCAUUAAUUAUUCUUCUAGUUCUCAGUGAAGAUAAUCUGUUCAAUGAAUCCGUUCACGAUAUCACAUUGAAGAAUAUUGUGUGGUAUGCAGACAGACAACUGACGGAAAUAUCUUUGGGCGGACUUAUUAUUCUUGUGAUAAUCAGAACAAUUCAAUACAAUAUGUCGAGAGCGCGGGAUCGGUUCCUUCACACCAACCUCUGCGCCACUUUAGCCAAUAUGUCCAAUCACUUCAAACGACUCAACCCUUAUGUCUGCCAAAGACUGGUCUCUUUGUUUGAGAAGUUGUCAAAAAAGUUUAACCGAAUAUUAAAAGAGGUGAAAACCAAUGAAACCAAAACUAAUGGCAUCGACCAGUCGGAUGUGAGCUCCGAUUGUGAGACGAGUUCAGUGGCACCCGAUUUACAGCAAGAUUUGUCUAUUUUCGAAGAAGUAUUGCGAAUGAUUUUGGAGAUUAUCAAUGCAUGUCUGGCCGCACAGUUGACUAAUAAUCCAAAUUUAGUGUACACUCUAUUAUACAAGCGACAAGUUCUGGAGCCCUUUCAGUCACAUCCGUGCUUUCAGGACAUUGUUAUGAACAUUGAGACGGUUCUCACAUACUUCUCGAACCGAAUUGAAGCCAUCGAUCGAAACCUAUCCGUUUCGGAAGUCUAUGAAAUCAUACAACAGUCGUCUCUUCAGUGGCCUUCCGAUAGGCUUAAGAAAUUCCCUGAAUUGCGGUUCCGUUAUGUGGAGGACGAACAGCCCGAAGAGUUCUUCAUUCCUUACAUCUGGUCUCUUGUGUUUCGGUCGUCACAUAUUCACUGGAAUUCGCAGAAUAUUCUGCUUUUCAAUCCAAACAGAAAUAACUAAUUUAUAUUCAAUUAUUAUAAUAAGAGUAAUAUAUUUAAAAGGAUGGAAAGGGUUGUCAAUAUUGUUUGGAAUUUGACUUUUUAUAAACUAUUUAUUUUUAACUAUUAUUACGAAUAUUAAAAAUUUAAAUUUAUUAAAUUCCACGUUUUACGAU